AUGAAUGAAUUCAUCAUUGGCAAGCACGGUGACGGGAGACCCCAGAAGACUGAGCUGCAAGAAUUUGCAGAGCCUGUGGCAACUCCAUGGCCUAGUUUGAUCUUGAAGUCAUGGUCUCGGAUAAUCCUCUCAAAUCUGUUCCUGUACUUAAGGCACGUGACUGAACUCCCUCUCAGGUUCUUUCACACUGACCUGUCAGAGAUGACUUUCAGUGAACAUACGUCACAUCAGACCAUCAAACAGAUGUCCCUUUCAAAUAAAUUGGAGCAGAACCAACUAUAUGGAAAAGUUAUAAACAAGGAAACAGGCGAUCCAAGGAUUUGCAGUGGAUUGGCGCAGCUCUUUGUACAGAAAACUCAGACUCUUGGGUGGAAAAUAUUCAAAAUUGGCCUUGUUGCCACUUAA